CGCUGCAAGAGUUACGAGACAUCCCUGCUCUCUACAUUCCUUCCUUGGCUGAAGCUUUUGCUUUUCUCUUGCAGAACUGUAGCCCUGCCCCUCAGUGGCAAACUGGGUGUGAGGGACAAGCUGAGACCAAAAGCUCAGCCCAACCCCGUGCUGGAAAUAUUCUACACUACCCGCUGCAAGAACCCAAAAGAGGGCGAGCUGAUCAAUUUAGCCAAACAGUGCGACCUGCCCGUCCGAUCCGUGGAGAGGUGGUUCCGGCGCCGCAGGAACGCGGCCCGACCGAGCCUGUCCAAGAAGUUCUGUGAGGCCUGCUGGAGGUUUAUAUUUUACAUCAUCGCUUUCUUCACUGGACUUGGUGUCCUGUAUGAUAAGCCUUGGCUUUGGGACCAUAGAGAGUGCUGGACAGGAUAUCCACAACAGCCUCUGCAGCCGUCCCUGUUCUGGUACUACUUGCUGGAGCUCUCCUUCUACUGCUCCCUGGUCUUCACCCUGCCCUUCGAUGUGAAGAGGAAGGACUUCAAGGAGCAGAUAGUCCAUCACGCUGCAACCAUCUUCCUCAUCAGCUUCUCCUACUGUGCCAACUACAUCCGCAUUGGGACGCUGGUGAUGGUGAUCCACGAUGCCUCCGACUGCAUCCUCGAGCCAACUAAGAUAUUCAAUUAUAUGAAGUGGAAAAAAACUUGUGACUGCCUCUUCAUGAUCUUCUCAGCUGUUUUCCUCAUCAGCCGUCUGGUCAUUUACCCCUACACAGUGCUCUAUAACACCUACUAUUACUCCAUGGAGAUAUUCCAGCCCUUCUUUGGGUACUACUUCGUGAAUGUUCUUCUGAUGACCCUGCAGCUGCUCCAUGUCUUCUGGUCCUGCCUGAUUAUCCGCAUGGUCUACAAGUUCAUCCUCCAGGGCACGAUGGAGAAAGAUAUGAGAAGUGACACAGAUGAAAGUGACAAGGAUGAAGAAACAGAAAAGAUGAAAGAAAAGGAGAAGAACGGGAUCACAUAUUUCAGCAACAUCACCAGCACCAACUGUAUCCAGAGGAACGGGGCCCAGCAGCAGAACAACAGAACUCAUCUCACCAAUGGCCAUGCCAAGGACAGAUAGCUACUGCUCCACUGCUCUUGGGUCUGCUCUGUAACGAAUCCAGUCACUCGUCCUUAGAAACAGUUUCGCUCAUUGUGUAGAUAAAAAGGAAAGCAACUCUAGUAUCAUAGCUCAAUUCCUGCUUCCUGUAAACAGAAGUGUAUAUGGGCACUGAUAUUUGAAGGAUAUUUUGGUCUUUCUCUAAUAAAAGUUUUCUAUGAGUUUUAGCCUUGAAGCAGAUAGCAAGGGAUCAAAGUGGUUUGACUUGUAUUAGACAGUACCAUAGUUGUUGUUAAAUAUGUUAAUCUUGAAAAUUACUCAGAAUAGUGGAUAAACUCUGGCAAUUUCAAGUCUUAACUGCCUAAUGUUGUUUGGAAGGAAUUUGUUUAGCCUUGACCAGCCUUUGGCGGUCCUGGUCCAGUGCCACUAAUGAUUAUGGCU